UGGACCACCCUCCAGAGCCCCUCCCGGACCCCUCUCUGCAGCAGACCCCAAGUUCCAAAACCAGUCCAUGCGGUGGGCUGGACACUUCCCCUUGCGCCAGCAUGAAGGCGGACAGUAUAUGGCAAAAUGGCCACCUAGCCCCCUUGGUGCCCGUCGAGGAAUUGGAGAACCCGAUGUUCAUCGGCGAAGGCGGAUUCGGCAGGGUGUACAAGGCAAAGCAUAAGACGUGGGCGCACGACGUGGCGGUCAAGAUCGUGAACGCGGAAUCCAUAUCCGAGGAGGUCAAAGCCAUGGCCAAUCUACGGAACAAGUUCGUGGUGAUGCUGCUGGGGGUCACCAACGAACUGCAGUGGGGCAGCAAGGCAGGGCCUGCCCUGGUGACCCAGUUCAUGGAGAACGGGUCCCUGGCCGGGCUGCUGAAGCCAAAGUGCCCGCGCCCCUGGCCGCUUCUCUGCCGCCUGCUGUGGGAGCUGGUGCGCGGCAUGUGUUACCUGCACAGCCUGAACCCGGUGCUUCUGCACAGGGACCUCAAGCCCUCCAAUGUCCUCCUGGAUUCCGAGCUGCACGCCAAGGUGGCAGACUUUGGCCUGUCCACAUUUCAGGGAGGCUCCCAGUCAGGGGCAGCACCUGGAGAAGGAGGGGGUACCCUGGAGUACCUGGCCCCAGAACUGUUGGAUGUGAAUCGAAGGGCCACCAGGGCCAGUGAUGUUUACAGCUUUGGCAUCCUGUUGUGGACCAUGCUCGCUGGAAGAGAAGUCGAGACUGUGUCACAGUCCUCGCUGAUGAUAGGCUCAGUCUGCUGGAGGCACAACCGCCCCCCGCUGACCGCCCUGCCUCAGCCCAGCUCUGAGCGGCCAGGCUUGGAAGAACUGCAGGAGUUAAUGCAGCGCUGCUGGAGCCCUGAAUCUAAGGACAGACCCUCCUUCCAGGAUUGCUGCCCGCCAACUGAGAAAGUCCUAAAUCUGGUGACAGACAUGGAUGCUGCAGUGUCCCAGGUGAAGAGGUACCUGUCUGAGAACAGAAGCAGUGAUGGGGGGUCAACUACCUCUGAGUCAGACUUCGGAGGAACAGAACAGGAUGGCCCUAGAGGAACCACAGCAAGCAGUACCUGCAUGCUCUCUGAGCCGCUGAGCACCCUGAGAUUGACAGAGUCCCCCAACUCUGCUCCUGAAAGACUUACAAAUCCUGCUGAGAGACUGGAGACACAGCGGGAACCAAUUCAUCGUGUCCAGUCAGCAGGGGCUACUUCCAAUUCAUCAGCCCCAAUUCGACCUCCCCAAACUGCAGAAACCUCAUCUUUCAGAAGCCCCAAUUCCAGCCCCAACUCAAGAUAUGAAUCCUCAGGGAAUCAGGAGGCUGGGAGACAAAGCAGCUUCGGGCAUUACCGGGCACAGUCAUCAAGUUCGGCACCAGGGCCUGUUAUCAUACAAGGCUGCCAAGCGGUGCAGAUUGGAAACAACAACCAAAUGUACUCAUUCCCAGAAGCCCCUGGUUCGUCCUCGCAGGCCAGGACGACCCGGGUCUUCCAUUUGAAACCUCCAUGGCCCCGUCCGCCCUGCCAGCCCCGUCCACCCCACCAGUAGCGGAACUUGGGGAAUCUGCAGAUGAGCUGUCUCAUGGUGCUGGUAUAAUAUUAUC